AUGGCGAAGAAAUCAGCAAACCCAGCAGAUGCUUACCGGAAGGCACAACGGAAAAAAGAACUGAAAAAGGCAGGACGAAACAAGGCCGAGCGUGCAAAGGCACGAGACUUUGCGCUUGUAAAGAAGGAUACCACGGAACUCGAGGAAGAGAUCGAGAAACUCGAACAGGAAGCUUCGUCGGGCGGUAAACCAGAUCCUCGACUCGCAGAACUCAAAGCCGAGCUCGAAAAGAUUAACAAGAAGAAGGCUGAAUAUGUCGAGGAACAUCCUGAAGCCCGUAAGCUCGUGUACCGUCAACGCAAACGAGAUACUGGAAAUGAAGCCGAGGCAAAGCCGUUACCUGCGAAGAGGAACAUGUUCAACAAGAAAGGACUACCUCGACAUCCAGAAAGAAGUAUCUAUUAUGACCCGAUAAUGAAUCCCUUCGGUGUGCCUCCACCGGGAAUGCCUUACAUGGAGCGACCGCUGCGUCCGGAUGAGGUUGAUAGCGAUGCUGAAAUGGACGACGAUGAUGAUAUCCCUCUGCCCCCUGGUCUCCCGCCCGGCUCAGAGGAAGUAGGAAGUGACGAAGACAUCCCAUUACCUGAAGGUCCUCCGCCUGGGAGACAAAUACCACAGCCGCCGCUACCGCCUUUGCCUCCUGGCAUCCCUCCUCCACCAGGUAUGGCAGGUGCCCCAAACUUCCCUACCCCUCCACCCCCGCCUGGUUUCCCUUCCUCAUUCCCGACCGGAGCUCCCCCACCCCCACCAGGAAUGCCCGUCGCUGGAGCUCCCGGCGUGCCCCCGCCACCUCCAGGAAUGCCAGUUGCAGGAGCUCCCGGUAUCCCGCCACCUCCUCCGGGAAUGCCUUUCGCAGGUGCGCCUGGCGUCCCACCACCACCUCCUGGCCCUCCGCCGAUGGGCAUGCCUCCCUUCCAACCACAAGGCUGGCCCGUGGGUGUUCCACCACCACCUCCUGGGAUGCCUUCCUUCCCUCCAAAUAUGGGUCAACUUCCACCGCCCCCACCGGGCUUCUUCCCUCGCAAAGCUCAGUCCGCUUCCUCCAUGCAAGACCCGCUCUCGAGUGUCCCGCAUCAAACCUUCCAAGCCCACCGCGCAAGCCAACUUGCACCUCCUCACCCUUCUUUACCUGCCAAACCAAGUCCAGUCGCGACGACGAUCUCGGCACCAGCAACAACGUCAGCGACCGCGACAGUGGAAGCUGCUCCCCAGCUACGGGAUUUCAAGAAGGAAGCUACAGCGUUUGUGCCUUCUUCGUUGAAACGCAAAAAGGGUGCAGGAGGCGGUGGUGCGGGCUCUGGUAUCAAUACAGCACCGUCGGUGGGCGAGCAAGCUGGAAAGGACAUUGGGCCUGCUAAACCCGAUCUUGUUGGGACACUGAAGAAUCAAUUCCCGGCGCCUAAACCAGACGACAAGCCCAAGGACGAUUAUGCCAAGUUUAUGGAGGAGAUGGGUGAUAUCCUGCAGUAA